AUGGCGUAUAAGGACGGCACUCCAGUUGUCACUGUUCCGUCUGCGGCUGAUCCGCAGCAGCCAGCUGCUGACGUGACAAAUGAGGCAGAUUUGCCACGUCAUAUAUCCAACGAACUGGAAGAUGUGAAACGUGGCGAAGAAAGCACAAUUGUUUCACAGUUUGCAUCAGAUGGAGAUCCCAGCCAACUGACGUGCUCUGCGACGCCAUCCACGGUUAAUAAAUUGGGAACACAACAUGAUAGAUACAGUACUCAGCAUGACCCUGAAGGAGGAUUUGCCGUAACGAGUAAUGCUGGUAUCGGGGCUGAGGUGGCUGUUUCUGCUGAACCGCCACGGACGGCGGAAGAGCAGGUUGUGCCGGUGAAGGAUGCCAUAGCGGAUCAAGCUGCCCCAGGCAACUCAACUUCAACAGAGGAGCCGCGUACAUUUCCCACCGAGAGAGAAGGUGACAGUAAGCCCAUUUGCCAGGGCGGUGACAUGUCAGCUAAAGGGUCGUUAGCUGAAAUCGGGGGUGCAAAGAAUUCGUCUAUUCGGGCAAGUGAGCCUACCGGUCUCUCGAGUUCCACGGGGUCUUGUCGCACUAUCGAAGACAGCAUGAGCAAAUCGGAAGAUCCCGACGUCCAUUCUCCCGUUGUCACCAACGGUACGGAGAAGACGACUGUGCUUAGCGAGUUUCUCGGACAGUUCGAGAAGAAAAUUCAAAAAACCCAGUCUCAUGAUCAGACCAGCCACCAGGACACACCACCGAACACGGGGGAAACGCCGAGCGUGACAGGAGGACCGACGCAAUGGGAAGCAAUGAAGGCCGUCAACGGGAACGCUGCCGGUGCGGCCGCAGCGGAAAGCAGGGUAGACACCAAGGUGGCGCCUUCCGGUGGAACAGAAUACGCGACUGUGCCGUCAGAGGACAAGGGAGAGGAGACUGAUGUGAAGUUGGUUAGUGUGUUAACUGUUAGUCCUACAGAGCCUCAGGAGCAGAGCCCACUUGAAUAUGAAAACGACUUGGAUGGGGCAGAUGCGCGGGGAGCGUCGGAGAAGUUGGAGGUGGAGCCAGCUGCUGGCGCGCAACGGCCCAUUUCGGCCGUUAUUGGUAAGCUAAGACAGAUGUUUGAGAAACAUGUGCCCCCACAAGGAGGAAAGGCUCCUGCGAAGCCCGAAUCCUCGUGGACAGGUGAAACAGCAGAGAAGACGAGCGGGGAACCAAAGCCGGAGCCACUGUGGAAGCAGAAACAGAAGGCCCGGCUCGCGGCAGCAGCAGUGGUGGGAACGGCGGUCAGGACGAGAGACCAUUCAGAGAAAGAAGAGGCUUCUUGCAAUGGGAAGCCCACAGGGGAUAUCGAGGCGCAGGGUAGUACCGCGUGUGGACGAGGUGUCGGGGUACUGAAGGAACAGUUCGAGAAACCAAGGCCUCCGGCCGACAAUUUGACGAGUCCGCGGGCCGAUCACACAGCGACAGUAGGAUCUGCGAACAUUCAGAAAACAAAGGCCUUACUAGCUACAAUUGACAUCGCCAGCCGCUACGGGCGCGAAUAUCGCCCGGCGAAAGCUUCACAUGGUACCGAUGGAGACCACGGUGACGCCAGCGAAUGUCAGCAUCGAUCGCCUGCGCUGACUCCUAAAGCAGGACCGGGGCCAGGGAAUGAGGACUCCGUCUCGGCAAAGUUUCCGGAGACAGUGAUGCACGCUUCAACCGAUUCGCACACGUCUGGCCUCCUUGCGGCUCAUGACCGUCACGGGCAAGGUGGGGGGCACGCAGCUGAACACGUGGAGGUUUCUCAUCACGCGUCUUCAAAGAUUGAGGCUCUUGCCAACGCAGUAGGUGCUGCAGCUCUGAAUAUUGGAAAACCGCCGCCUCCCGACCUAUUCAAGAGAGCUGCGCCCCCGCCGGAGUUAGAGGCAGCCGAAUACGUUCCACCACCUUCGGCUUCACUGACGCCGCACCAACAAGAAGAACAUGCGAAGGGGAACCAGCAGCGCGAAGGAGCGUUGACUGCGUCGGGAGACCAUCUUGAGAUAGAACACCACGGCGGCGACAAGAUUAACCAGGUGGAAUCCACGGAUGUAACACCAGGUAGUGGUCCACUGGAAACACACCCAGUCGAGGCACGUGGAACGGAAGAGGAGGAAGCGCUGCCGCCAGUACCACGAGUUGCUCCGGAAGAACAGGCUGACUUUGGCGAUGAGAUUCAUCGAUCACCAUUAGAGGACGGGGAGGGGAGCAGCACAAUCAAACCACAUCAUAUACAAGGUGAGGAGGAUCAAGAAGAAACACUGUCUCCAGAAACGGAAGGCGAAGAGAAAGAAAAAGCGUUGCCUCCGGCAUCGAGGGCUGCGUUUGGAAGCGAUGUUCAGCCUGGUGACCACCAUGAAGCGGUCUCAGGUGAUGCAGCGGGUGACAGCUUCAAGCGAGAAGAUGGUCUUCAGAUGCUUGCUGCUGAGUCUGAGAAACGUGGCGUACAUUCACAAAUUACCGACGCCGCAACAGCACGUAAUGAAGAUAUAGUCACUGCAGAAGAGUAG